AUGAAUUUAGGGAAAGACAUCACAGCUACACCAUUAGGUGUCACACUAUCACCGACUUUUGUAGUUGCACAGCCUAUAACUGUUUCAGGUGGGUCUAUAACAGCAACUACGAUGGCAUAUGGAUUAGUUCCGGAAACAGUAAAAGUGCUGGAUUGUCCGGGAACGACAGAAACAGGAUUAAUUACUACGGAGAUUGUGGGUGGUGAUGUAUUGGAUAUUGGACCUUUCAGGAGGGGGGCAUGCCCCAAAAGUAGUAUGAAUCAGCACGGCACGCUUGAAUUGAUUGUAGACGAUACGAAUUCAGAGAUAUCAAGUAAUUUUUGA